CUUCCGGUAUCAGCGGUGUUCUCUUGUUAGACUUCGUUCUAGUCCUGGGACUCUUUCUUGAUGCAGUACUGUGGCGGGACGGGCCUGGCGUCGUUUCCAUUGCCCUCAUGGGAGUCGCGAGCUCCCUUGUAUGCGGUAGCUGGAAGACGGGCUACGCCUACUGUGAAACUCAGGUCACGGCGGACAGGGCAGUUCCCGUCGUCCCAUGACGAUCGGGGGGAGCCUGAUGGUCAUCCGAUGCGACGAAGCGGUACAGGACGAGUUGUACCUUGGCACCCUGGACCGCUGCUUUUACCGGAGCAAAGGCGCACGCUGCGGCGCUCUGGUGGUCACUGGAAGCGUGGCGCUCAUGGUUUCCGUCAUCAUGCUGGGCAACUCCACAUGUCAAACCCAGCUUUCGGUUGUCGUCUGCUAUAUCCUUCUAACGCCGUCUACUGGGCUGUCAGCCUGCUGCCCCGUCGCGCGUUCUGGGAUAUGGGUCGGGUAUCGUGUCGAGGAUUCCACACGCCUGCCGAUGCCGCCAACGCACACAACGAUUCUGUCACCAGCCCCGAUUUCAUCGAGGGUUGUGCGAGUUUGACCCGCACUCUGUGGUACGCGAUCCGCGAAGUGGAUCCACAGCGUGAGUCGAGGAAGGGUACUAUAUCCCGCCGGCGGACGAACGGAAAAGGUGGCUGGCUGAGGCACGCAAGCUGUAGCAAGGGAACCGAACAUGGCCGGUUGUCAAAGAGAGCGCGAAAUUAUGCAACAUAAGACACAAUAACGGAACGCUUGUAACUGAAUUGUAGGCUAGUAGGUACUCUCAAAGGAAGACAGAGUCGGAUGUGGGACGCUCAGAGUUCCCGACGCGCCGGAAUGGAACACCGUCUGUCGUCUAUGACAUUCGACACUAACAAAAAGCACCAAGGCCACGAAAUUGCGUACUCCAUCAGACGAUAUGGCACUGGUACUUGCAUGAAUCGAGAGGUAGAUGAGCUUGGACAUAGCUUGCA